AUGCAACUCACAUUUCUUUGUUCUGAUAAGGAAAACCUGUCAUUUGCAGCCCAUCUCCCGGUCUUGGCGCUGCACCUUUGCCUGUGUGCUUCACAGCUACUGUACCAUCUGCUUCGAUCUUCCUCCAAACGCACAAAAGCUGAAGAAAGCUUCACCGGCAGCAGUAGAUCUUCUGCCAUCAUUCAUUCAAUGAUCAUGUUCAUAUUGCAGCGAUUAUCGUCUCCAGUCAAUAUGUUUUAUUCUCUGCUUGAUGGAUUCAGAAAGAGCCAAAGUCGAGACCGUGAGCAAUCCUGUAAAGUUUUCCGAGAGUUCAGUUUGGAAUGUCACUUGAACUGCUCGUGCCUGGACUGGAUGUGCCUUGGAGGUUUCAUCCCUGUUAGACUUGAUGGGAUCUUCCCAUUUUUUUUGGUUUGUUGGUGGGAUUUUCCUAAUUUGGAGAUGCAAAGAUCAACACAAGAUUCCAUGGAAGGAACCCGUUUAGCUGUGAACGGGCAAAGAGGCUUCGUUGAGAAUAUCUGAGAGAGAAUAAUUGAACCCGAAACAGCUCUUGGAGAUUCACCUUAUCCGGCACGAUGUACUCCAAAUUAAAUGAAUCAGUUACAGUAAUUUGCAGUGUAUUUGGUAAGUACACCCACUAGAUUCAGCACUCCGUGUCUCCUGUUCCAUGCUAAUUCAAUCAAAUGUCCCUCUUCUCACCCAAAAUAUCCUCCUACUGAUGAAGCUCUAUUUGACCUUCAAACUCAGUCAGUCACGACCCUUCAUCUUCAAGAUAUCAAAACUUACACUGCCACAAUAUAUUAAAAUAGUCAUCAAGUACUGGAAAACAUAGAUAGACAGAAUAUUCCUCUCCAUUUGCUAUCUAGAUUUACCGAAGUAGGUAUGUGGGAGAAUAUUCCAUGGGCUUGCUUUCCCAAUACAACCUCGUUUUCAUGUGCAAGUUCCUCGUGUCCUUGUCUUCAGCUUUGAAUCUCUUUCGAGUUUUAUUUCUCUCGGUUCGUAGUACACUGCUGAAGCAGCAUUCAACUUCUACGAUUGCUGAUUUCCAUUCUUGAAUCCAAGUAUUCAUCCAAGUAUGACCAGAUGCCACCUGACCUGAUCAAGCAGAACUUGUAGCCUCCGAAGGUCUCCUCUGUUUCCUCCAAACAUUGGCAGAAUAAUCGGAAUAUAAACAAUUAGUAUCUGCUCAUUGUGAGUGUUGGAUCGAUGGGUACCAGUUCUCCAGUUCUCUUUUUCUUAAUGUAAGUCUCAGUAGGAUUGAUUCUCGGAGCGGCAGCGAAGGAAUCUCACGUGAGCAAUCUCAUUAAGUGCACCAACUUAAGAAUCUGCAGAGAAUUCGUUUUGUCCUUUCAUAAGCAGUGACUUAAGUCGAUCAUUGAAACCCGUUCAAAUAUUUAACCAUCACGAUUCAGGCCCAGACAUAGUCCACCAUUCACAAACUUCCGCAUUACAGUAGUACAGCUAAUUAACAAGUCCAGAGCACCGAGAAUGCCUUAAACAGAUUGUCGUUAGGAUAAGUUCGACAAGAUGCUCUCCAACAUGUUCACAGUAUCUCAG